AAAAGACUCAUAAAGGGAAGAGAAGACUAAAAGCACCAAAGAGCACUUUAGAAAUUUCCAGAUGUUCUGAACGUUUUUGUAGCUCCGAGAAUUUGAGGCAACGACCUGAUGGCUCGUUUCCGCUUGGAAAGUGGGUUAUAUCCGGUCUGAUUAUUAGCUCAGAAACUGAGGAUUGUUUUGAGCAUUUCAGAUAAGAUACAACCUGUAAGGGAGACGCUGACAUGGCAGAGAGGGAGGCAGGCAUGGAGGAGGACGCAGGAAAUCUGCCGGCCAGAGACGGCGAUGAUGGCGAGGACGAGGCUUUGUGGGGUGACGGGGGGCUUUUCAGGGUGGUGGACAGGGAGGACGAGGACGAACAGCCGGUGGACGAGGAUGACGAGGAGGCGCCAGAGUCUUUUGAGCUGGACGCUCCAGCAGAGCGCAGCGGCCACAUCGCAGUCGUUGAUAGAAAUAUCAUGUAUGUGUGGGGCGGAUACAAGAAUGGCCAAAAUCAUGGAUUCUUUGAUUUAUACCUGCCCAGAAAUGAGGUGUGGACCUACAACAUGGAGUCAGGAGUUUGGUUGAAGCAUGUCGCCGGAGGGAACCUGCACACGUCCAUGUCCGGCAGCUGUGGGACGUGUCUGGAUGGGGUCCUCUACCUGUUCGGGGGCCAUCAUGCCAGAGGAAACACUAACAGAAUCUACCGUCUGCCUCUCAGGGCGCCCAGCCUGGUGUGGGAGGAAAUGAGGGACCUGAAAGGACUUCCUCCGUCCUCCAAGGACAAGCUGGGAUGCUGGGUCCACAAGAACAGACUGAUUUUCUUCGGUGGGUACGGCUACACUCCGCAGGGAUCUCAUCGAGGGACUUUUGAGACCGAUGAAACGUCUUCUCUUAUGUGGGACAGUCCUGAACGAGGCUGGAACAACCACAUCCAUGUCCUGGACCUGGACACUUCAGCGUGGAGUCAACCCAUCACUCAGGGGAACACGCCGUCCCCCAGAGCAGCUCACGCGUGCGCCACGGUGGGAAACAGAGGUUACGUGUUCGGAGGGCGAUUCAAGAAUUACAGACUGAAUGAUUUGUACUACAUCAACCUGGACACAUGGGAGUGGCAUGAAAUGAGCGUUCCUCAGCAUCCUGUGGGUCGGUCCUGGCAUUCCUUCACUCCAGUUUCACCAGAUCUCAUCUUCCUGUUUGGAGGUUUCACCACAGAGAGAGAAACACUCAGUGACGCGUGGCUGUACUGCGUCAGCAGGAACGACUGGAAGCCGUUCAAGCACAGCUACACGGAGAGCCCCAGGCUGUGGCACACGGCGUGCUCCGGGCCGGACGGCGAGGUGUUCGUGUUCGGAGGCUGCGCCAACAACCUGCUGUCUCAUCAGAGAGCUGCUCACAGCAACGAGCUGCUGAUUUUUAACGUCCAGCCCAAAUCGUUAGUCGGGUUCUGUAUGGAGGCGGUUCUGCAGCACCGGGAGCGGCUGUCCUCUCACUGGGACUGCCUGCCCAAACACCUGCUGCACAGCCUGAAGCAGAGGAUGUCCCGGGUCAACACGCUGGGCUCCUAGAACCGGGCAGAACCCACCAGCCGGCUCUGCCCGGAGCGCUAACGUGUGAAAACAUGAAUUAAAAUGACAAGAAGGAAGAAACAGUUUUCUAUUUCUGAUGAUGCGCCCAGUUAUUUACCUGCACAGCCAGGAGAACAUCUGGAAUCUCACCAGAACUUUAGGAAACGGGCUGACCACAAGACCAGCCAAUCAGGAUGGCCCUCAGAAUCAACCCGCUUUUCUGCCCGGCAACAGCUGACCUCAGACUGCUGCAGCUGUCUGAGGUUUAAAGGUGAGGAAAGAAAAAACAAACUGUGGUUUAAAGUUCAGAUGUGGUUCUGGUUCUGAGGUCAGCUUUUCAUCCGACCAAAAUGACCUAGAAAAAAAUGUGGAGUAAGUCCAAAUCCAACGAACUAUUAUGGCCAGACAUUUAUUUAUUUUUUUAAGUAUGACAGUAAAGUUAUAAGAUGCCAGAAGAAAGUCGUAAAAUUGCUAGAAAAACUUUGAUCCGGAUCAGUUUGUGAUUCUAGUUUUCAGUCGUUUCAAAGUUCAGCUACUGAUAAAAGAUCAACUUCAAUUGUAAAACCGAAGUAUAACUUUACUCGAUAUUCUUCAUUUUAAUUUAUUUUUUGUAUUGAAGUUAUAAAAUAAGUUUUAUUUUCAUGAUUUUAACUCAUUUUACUUUUUUUUUUCUCUUCUAACUUAAACCUUGUAACAUUAUGACUUUAUUCUCAUUGCUUGAUUUUUUUUUUUUUUUUUGCCUGUAACUUAAUUAUAUUGUGGCGCCGAUACUUUGUUGUACUCCCCUGCAGACAUAAGUCCAUAAUUUCUUCUGGAAGUACAAAUGAAUAUUUUGCUUUCAUCCGGGGGAGAAACUUUCAGACCCUUUAAAUCCAAACCUGGGAGCUUUUUGGCUUCUUUUAGAAAUUUCUGCUGACUCAGCAGACGUCCAGAAGAGGAAACCAGAAACGUCUCGUCUGGAAAAAACUGACGUGUGUAAAUCUUUAAAUGAACUUCAUGCAAAUGUAAAAUAAUGAAAUCUAGACGUCUGUUUUUUGAUGCGUUUGAACUGUAAAAGUCUGAUCUGAGCAGAAAGGCUGGGAUCUUUAGCAGCAGGUUUUCUGGUUUCAGGUCAUUUUGCUUCAGUUCUCUGCAGAUUUCUGCUCGGAGAGACGAUCCGGUCAGGAACCAGAGAACCCAACUGCUGGUUCUGCUGGGUCUGUACAGCUGUAAAUACAACGGCUCCUGUAGCUCCGAUCCGGUUGCACUGAAACGCCGCUCUGUCAGUUUGGCUUCGUUUGCACAGAAUUACCUCCUGUAAUUGUAGGUGAUGUAAGAUUGUAUCCAAAUAAAAUGGAAAAAUACAAA